ACUAAUGAUGAUGAUAAAGAGGGCGGAGCGAUUUGCACUACUUGUCGCCGUACAGCCUCUUCCGGUUCUCUUUUCGGCUUCCCGUGCAUCAUGACCAAGAAGAGGAGGAAUAACGGUCGUGCUAAGAAGGGCCGCGGGCAUGUGCAGCCCAUCCGCUGCACCAACUGUGCCCGUUGUGUCCCCAAGGACAAAGCCAUCAAGAAGUUUGUCAUCAGAAACAUAGUGGAAGCAGCGGCUGUGAGGGACAUCUCAGAGGCCAGUGUGUUUGACUCAUAUGUUCUACCCAAGCUCUAUGUGAAGCUACAUUACUGUGUCAGCUGUGCCAUCCACAGUAAGGUAGUGAGGAACCGCUCCUGUGAGGCCAGGAAAGACCGCACCCCACCACCCAGGUUCAGGCCCACUGCUGGUGCACCAAGAGCUCCUCCAAAGCCUAUGUAAAACAGAAUUUGAAGAUGCUGUUCACCUGAAUAAAUUCUGAAAUCUUUACAAAAAC